AUGUCCUUAUCUCGAGCUGACCGCAAUUUCCGGUUCCUAUUCGUCAACACGCUAUUUCGAGAGAUCUCGGCCUCAACCAUCCCCUCUCACAAUAUGAAGAGCAAUGUCCACCGACUGUCAGACCGCCAAACCUUAAUCGAGGAUACCCAAGACGCUGCAGCUAACUCGAGCGGAAUGAACGAGACAGGAAAGAUUGUACUUCUCGUUUUUGGUCCUUUGGCUGGAUUGAUGAUUCUCUGGGCUGCUUACUACGUUUGCAUUGGUGAUAUGAUCAAGAAAUGGAGGGCGGAGAAAAAGGGGACAAGGGAGAAAGAUAAAAAGGACAAGAUGACUGGGAUUGAGCUACCGAAUCAUGUGGUAUGA